AGGACUCGCAUCUCACUUUCUCUCUCUUUCUCCCACACACACGCACUCAUCCUCACGCACUCCUGAACUCCACUCACUCUCUGUCUCAAGGAAACAUGAGUUACUCCAGUGAUAUUUACACCAGCAGCUCCUAUCGGAAGAUCUUUGGAGAUGCCCCACGCUCCGGCCGCGUGGGUCUCGGUGGCGGCAGCAGCCCGUCCCGCCUGCACCCUGCGGGAUACCGCAGCAGCCACCGCAACUAUGGUUCCCCCUCCGUGGUGUCCUCCACCUCCUACCGCAGGUCAGCGGCGCCCGGCCGCGUCUACUCCUCCAUGGCGGACUCCGGUAUGGACCUGAGUCAGUCCACCGCCGUCACCAACGAGCUCAAGAUCAUCCGCACCAACGAGAAGGAGCAGCUGCAGGGUCUCAACGACCGCUUCGUGUCCUUCAUCGAGAAGGUGCACAACCUGGAGCAGCAGAACAAAGUCCUGGAGGCGGAGGUGACUCUGCUGCGCCAGCGCCACAACGAGCCCUCCCGCCUGCACGAGCUCUACGAGCAGGAGAUCCGCGAGCUGCGGGCGCGCGUGGAGGAGCUGACGCACGAGAAGAGCCAGAUGCACCUGGACUGCGUGCAGAUGAACGACACCCUGGAGCGCGUGCGGGAGAAGCUGGAUGAGGAGACCAGGAUGCGCGAAGAGGCGGAGAACGCGCUGAAGGGUUACCGCAAGGACGUGGACGACGCCACCCUCGCGCGCCUGGAGCUGGAGAAGAAAGUGGAGUCACUGCUGGACGAGAUCGCCUUCCUCAGGAAAGUUCACGAGGAGGAGCUGCAGGAGCUGCAGACUUCUCUGCAGGCCUCGCAGGUGUCAGUGGAGAUGGACAUGAGUAAACCGGACCUGGCUGCGGCGCUGAAGGACAUCCGCUCUCAAUACGAGACCCUGUCCUCCAGGAACCAGGUCCAGACCGAGGAGUGGUACCGCUCCAAGUUUGCCACCGUGACCGAGUCGGCCGCGCGCAACCAGGACGCCAUCAAGCACUCAAAGGAGGAGCUGAGCGAGUACCGCCGCCAGGUGCAGGCUCGCACCCUGGAGAUCGAGGCCCUCAGGGGCCACAACGAGGCCCUGGAGAGGCAGAUGGCUGAGAUGGAGGAUCGUCAUAACAAUGAAAUGGGAGAGAUGCAGGAUACCAUUCAGCAGCUGGAGGGCGCUCUGCACAGCACCAAAGGGGAAAUGUCCCGUCACCUGCGCGAGUACCAGGAUCUGCUCAACGUCAAGAUGGCGCUGGACAUUGAGAUCGCCGCCUACAGGAAGUUGCUGGAAGGCGAGGAGUGCCGCCUCAGCUCUGUAGGUGGAGCCAUGGUCCAUUCAGGCUACUCCGGCUACUCCUACAUGUCGGCCCGCUCCUACACCCUGGGAGCGUCCAGGAAAUCUGAUGCCAAGCCCGAGGAGGAGGAAGAGGAGGUGGAUGAGGAGGAGAAGGAGGAAGAGGAGGAAGAGGGAGAAGAGGAGGGAGACGACCAGGAGGAGGGCGAGGAUGGGGAAGAGGAGGAGGAGGAAGAGGAGGAGGAGGAGGAGAAGCCAAAGGAGAAGGAGAAGAAGAGUCCCACCGGCAAGAGCAGCAAGAGUUAAACUGCUUGUCUCACCGUCUUCAUCAUCCUCAAUAACACAUUCCACAUCCCAGCCGUCACUUGUAUUGUUCUGGUUACUGUUCACAUCAUCUCACACACACACACACACACACACGCACACACACGUUCAUGUACAGCUAUCUUAGUGAGGACACUCAUAGACAUAAUGCAUCCCCUAAAGCCCAUUACCUUACCUUAACCCUUAACCACAACUAAACCAUUAAAGUGAGGACCAGACAGUAUGUCCUCACUUCCUGCGCUUUUAUCCGGUCCUCACAAAGAUGUAUGUACAAGCACACACACACACACACACUCUGGAUGCCUCACACCUUCUGUGUUGUCGUGUCUCUGUUUUCUCUGUUACUCAGAAGUCGGAUUAGUCCAGACGUUUAUUAGACGGAGAGCUUUAGACGGGAGUGGAUGUAUCACAGCGGCACAGUGAGUUUAACUCAUCCUCAUCCUUUGCAGAGGUCGACAGGAUCGAGCGCGACGCCACACAAAAAAACGACACUUUCCUCAUACGAGCAACAGCAAAUGUGCCAUUAACGAAGAAUACUCACACUAAGAGCAAUCAAUAAGUUGAAAGUAACAACGUUUGUCGGCACGCACACUUUAAAGAUAAAUGCACAGACCAUGGAGCAUGACAAACAGCCGGUCCAACUUUUACGGUGCUAUUUGAUUUUUACUUAUAAAAGUUGGGGGGGGGGGGUCACCGAUCAAAAGCUGCACCAGCGAAUCGUCGCGAGCGUCACACAGAGAAGUCCCAGCUUGUGUCUGUACUGUUGCGUAAACCUCACGCGUUGCAGCAGCAUGUUUCCUCUCCUUCUUUCCUCCGCUGCUUUCUGUCCGCCGCCACUCCAACUCUUCAUCUCAUCCCACCGCGACAAAAAGAAAUGUACCGCUGACCAUUCAAGCCCUCUGUUUCCACGUUCCUCACAGCCCUGCAAUAAAAGCAGCUCCGAGAAACAGCGUACUGCUGUUUUAUUUAUCUCUCAGUUGCUUGGAAGGAGGAGCAGCUUCUCCACGACGAAGUGCAUCUUUGGGAAUGAAAAGUGUUGAGUUUAAAUUGCUGCUAUAUAUGUAUUUGGGAAUAUUAAUGAUCCCCCCUGUGAUUGAUUCAUUUGUCAAGGAACGUAUUCGCCACCUCAUGUGUUGAACAGUUAGAACUCCUUUACCCUUCAUUUAUUCAAAGAAAACCUCCCUUUUUCCCCCCCUCCCCUGCGUCCUCACACAAACGUGGUGGUGCUUUUGUUUUUACUUUUUUGCUCGAAAUAGGACAGGAGGUGGAGGUGAGCGUAGGCUGUCGGUGUCAGGCAGCUGACGCUGACACUGAGAGCUCUCGGCUCAGACUGCGUGUGGCAGGUGAGGCAGAUGCUGCCGGGGUCAUGGUUAAACGCUGCAGAGUCGCAUUUAAGGGCUAUUUUCACUCUAACUCCUUGCAUCACUGUUGUUCAUUAUCUCCCCCUCCCCCCCCCCCCC